AUGCCAAUUGAUAAUACUUUAGGAGUUCCUACUAGCACUGCCGGUGGACUCGCCGGAGGAUUGGCCGGAGGAAACACCAUUGCAAUUGACUACAAUCAUCCUUUGUUUUUGCAUGCUUCCGAUGGGCCGGGAUCGCUGCCGGUCGGAAUUCAGCUUGUCGGAAUGAAGAAUUAUAUGUUGUGGAAUCGUGCGAUGAGAAUUGCACUUCUGGGGAGAAACAAAUUGGGGUUGGUUGAUGGAACAAUUAUGAGAGAAACGUAUGGAUCGGAAUUGGCAUAUCUUUGGGAUCGUUGUAAUGCCAUUGUUGUUUCGUGGUUGACUAGUAACAUUAGUCGUGACCUGUUGAGUGGCAUAUUGUUUCGAUCCAAUGCUCACCUAGUUUGGAAAGAGCUGAAGGAAAGAUUCAAUAAAAUCAAUGGAUCGAGACGGUAUGCUCUGCACAAGGAGAUUUUUACCUUGUCUCAAGGAACGCAAUCUGUUUCGAUGUACUACUCCAGGCUCAAAGACUUGUGGGACGAAUACGAUUCAAUGAUACCACCACCAACUUGUAAUUGUGAGAAAUAUAAGGACUAUUUAGCUCAGCUUCAUUAUCAACGAUUAUAGAAGUUCAUGAUGGGGCUAAAUGAUGGAUACAGUCAGGCGCGUAGUCAGAUUCUUAUGAAAUCGAAGAUGCUGGAUGUUAAUCAGGCAUAUGCCCUAAUUGUGCAGGAUGAGAGCCAACGACUUGCAGUAGGGAGUAACUUUUCUGGUUAUGAUGGAGCAGGUCCAAACUCAACUGUCUUAUUCACGGCUAGAAACGCAGGGUCCAAGAAGAAAAGUUGGGGCACUAUGUGUGACUUUUGCCAUGUGAAGGGACACAUGAGGGAAGAUUGUUUCAAACUCAUGAAGUGUGCUCAUUGUGGUAAACAGGACAUGUGAUAGAGAAAUGCUACCAACUCAUAAGCUAUCCUCAAGACUUUAAACAAAAGGGAAAACAAGUUAUAAAUACUAAUGCUGCAGCUAAUUUUGCUAUCCCUCAGGAGAAUGUUGUGGUUCCACCAGAUCAAUACAAGGAAUUUACCAUGUGGAAGUAAAUGCAACAAAUGACCAAAGAGGAACCUAUUGUCAACAUGGCAGGUAAGUGUUUCUUUGCUCAAUCAGAUCAGACUAAAUGGAUAGUGGAUUCCGGUGCAACUAAUCAUAUUACUACUAGUGAUAAGAGUCUGUUACUGCAUGAUGAUAAAGUAGAAAAUGCUGGAAAUGUUCUCAUGCCCACUGGUGCUACAGCUGAUGUUAGUCACAUAGGGAAUUUCCAACUCACAGGAGGUGAUUUACUAAAGGAUGUCUUAUGUGUACCUACCUUUAAACUCAAUCUCUUGUCGGUUUCCAAAGUGACAAAAGAUUUGAAUUAUUGUGCUAAGUUUUUCCCUGAACACUGUGUGUUUCAGGAUCUUUGCACUAGGAAGGUAAAGGUGACUGGUAGAGAGGAACAAGGGUUGUACAUCUUGACCACACCUCCUUCUGAAAAUGUAAUAAGUGGAAUGAAGUCCUUGUCAGUGAUUGGAGAUUGUGAUCCGGAAUUAUGGCAUAAGAGACUAGGUCAUGUACCUAUGUCAGUAUUAAGGAAAAUUCCAGUUUUCAAUAACAGUAGUUGUUUUUACUUACAACAUUGUGAUGUUUGUCCUAGGUCUAAGCAGACAAUAUUACCAUUUCCUACUAGCAGUACCAGAUCUGUUGAGACUUUUCAGCUUAUUCAUUUAGAUGUACGGGGUCCCUAUCAUGUUGACACACAAAAUGGAAUGAAGUAUUUUCUUACUGUGAUU